UCCUAUUUGUGGCAGUUACCUGAGAGCAACGAGAUUAAAGGACGCUGCUGGCGGCGUCUACUUUAAUCUACACAAAAGUGAUCUUCACAACGACCUUUGUUUGCUAUGGAAAACAACAUGGUGGAACAAACAAGACAGCCUAGUCGUGUCGUCUCCCUCCAGGCUGGACUUGGUGAGGUGGACACUGACGCCCUGUUUGACGUGAGCCUCAGGAUAAAUAACAGAGCUGCACGGGCGUUUGGGCACCAAUUGGCUGUCAUUGGAGACCAGCUGGACCGGGAGUGGGCCAGCAGACAGCACAACUGGCUACCAACUCCUCUUCAUAUCCUAAGACCCGCUCAGGCACUGACCAGGACCAUAUAUCGAGACAUCCAUAGUCAGUUAUGGGGCUUCCAGGGCCUGUCAGCUGCGGUGAAGGCAUGGAUAGCGAGCACUGCGCCUGGGCAGGGGAUCCUCAGAGCGGACGCCUGGGCAGCCUGGGUGUCCAAUUUGAAACCAGUAACCUGCACUGGCUGGACCAGAGGAGUACUAGUGACUGUGGCGCUGGUGGCUGCAGUGAUCGGUGCACUAUGGGUGGAAUGGAAAGCCUAAAAGGGCCGUAAGCAGGUCUUUUAGGCUGUUAUAUAUUUGACAAAAAAAUGUUUGCAAAUGAAUGACAAUUAUUGCUGUUUGUUUCUGCCGUUUACUUUGACUCUUCUUUUUAUACUAUAUUAUUGAUGUAUUGAUCUUGAUGCUUUAUGAAAGGAAACAGGAGUAAAAAAAAUAUAUUAAUAUUAAUUAAUAAAUAAAAUAAAUAAUAUUAAAAUUUGUCAGGGCAUGUGGGAUUAGUUUAAAUCGGUUUUACAGUGUUGCCCGAAGAGUUGGCCAGCGUAUUGUAGCAGUGACAUGCUGGUUCACAGUGGUAUUAAUGUUUCCCCUGACUGGACUGUUGCGGGCCUGCAGUCUUUUGUAUCCAGAUUAGUUUCUUACUGGUUUAAGAGGCCAAAACUUUUUACAAAUAUGUAGCCUGGCCUAAUAUAAAAUUAAGGGAGCUGGACUUUCUGUUUCAGAUUUGAACGUGCUUUUUCAUGUGAUGCAAAUAAAACUUCUAAAUGAUGACA